AUGAAGAAAUGACAAAGGCGCUUAUUACUUCCCAGACUUCUCAAUGGGAGUAGGGGUGGAGCCGGGCCGGCGGUUCAGGAAUGGGAGGCUUGGGACCAGCCCGGGUAAUCCCCGGGUCCGGGCCUCGGAUUCUUCCCAAAGUCUGGAAUAUGCCCUCAGUUCUAGUGAUAAUCCAGGAACAAUAAUAACCCACGUUGUUUUGAAAGGUUACAACUAUGAAGAAUGGGCCAGAGCAUUAUUCCGUAUUUCACUUCGUGCCAAGAGAAAGAAUCCGUUCAUUGACGGAACUAUGAAGCAACUUGCCGAGACCGCUCCAGAGAUUGAUGAGUGGUGGACGGUCAAUUCGAUGGUUGUGGCCUGGAUAUUCAACACUAUUGAAGCUUCACUUCGAACCUCCAUCUCCUACCGAGAUGUUGCUCGAGACUUGUGGGAAGACAUUAAACAACGCUUCUCAGUCGGCAAUGGAGUAAAGAUUUACCAAAUUAAAGCUGAAAUUUCAGACUGCAAACAAAAGAAUGGCGAGAUAAUUAUGAGUUAUUUCGGUCGGCUUAAGAAAUUGUGGGACGAUCUGAAUGAUUUUGAUGUCCUCUCUUGCAAGUGCGCUGGUUGUAAGUGUGAUCUGACAACGAAGCUUCGUCAACGCCGAGAAGCUGAUCAAGUGCGAGAAUUCCUAAUAGGGCUUGAGCCCUUCUGAUGUGAAUUUUCUCGCACUUAAAAAUGAUGUAGUAAAGUGGUUGAAAGUACGAGUAUCGUCUCCACAGGGACGGACAAAAGGGAAUUAAAGAUUAACUAAAUUCAGCGAUUAAAAAUAAA